ACUAGUUAGUUACCUGAUUAGCCUGCUUAGCCUAUCAGCUGUAACACAUCACAUUAUUUAGUUAAGCGAUGGCUGCUACGCAUGUAUGCUUCUCCUUGUCCUCCUUUGCGCCAUUGCUCCAUUCGGCUUUGCCGUUGGCCAGAAAUGGUGGCCGGAGUGGCCAAAACCGUAGCUUAUUAUUUCGCCCUUCCAUGGUGAUAUAUCCCGGGCGGGAGCCUGUGUCCCAUGAGCUCUCCGAUGAUUUUGACUUCCAGGAAAGCAUAUCGAAUGUUCAAGCAUUGCUUCAUGAACAUCCAAAGACCAGAAAAGAAAUGUUGAGCACGGUUGAUCACCUCAAGCGCCUCUGCAUUGACCACUAUUUUCAGGAUGAAAUCGAUUACAUAGUGGAAUCGUGUAUGGAUCUCGUCCAUAGUGAUGAUCUACUUGACGCAACCCUUUCUUUAAGGCUGAUGAGAGAAGUUGGAUAUUAUGCUUCGGCAGACGAUGUUCUUCGGAAGUUCACAAAUAAGAGUGGUGAUUUCAACCUUUGGCAUAGCAAAGACAUUAGAGGGUUGCUAAGCUUGCAAGACUUGUCACACCUCAACAUGGGAGAAGUUUCACUCUACAAGGCAAAGGAAUUCUCAAGCAAGCACCUUAAAUUUGCAAUUAAGUAUAUGGAGCCAAACCUUGCGAGAUAUGUCAUAAAGUCAUUGGACCAUCCCUACCAUGUGAGCUUGAUGCAAUACAAGGCUAGGCAUCAUCUGAGUUACAUCCAGAACUUGCCUACAAGGCACGCCACAAUUGAGAAGUUGGCACUUGCAGAAUUUCGUGUCAAGAAGUUACAACAUGAGAGGGAAAUGCAAGAGGUUAAGAGAUGGUGGAUGGAUCUUGGAUUGGCUAAAGAAAUACCAGCUGCAAGGGAUCAAGUUCUAAAAUGGUACAUGUGGUCCAUGACUAUCCUUGAGGGUUUCUCCUUCUCAAGAUAUCGGGUUGAGGCCACAAAGGUCAUCUCAAUGGUCUACAUUGUGGAUGACAUCUUUGAUCUUGUAGCCACACAAGAGGAUCUCUCUCUCUUUAAUGAGGCGGUCAAAAUGUGGGAUCUUGCAGCUGCUGAGUCACUCCCGAGUUACAUGAUAUCAUGUUACAAGGCUCUUUACACCAUCACAAAUGAUAUUGCUGAUAUGGUCAGAAAAGAGCAUGGAUUGAACUCUGUCAAUCAUCUCAAGAAAGCAUGGGCAACUUUGUUUGAUGGAUUUAUGAUCGAGCGAAAAUGGCUAUCUACUGAUCAAGUCCCUACAUCAGAAGACUACCUAAGAAAUGGUGUCGUCACUUCAGGAGCGCCACUUUUAUUUAUACAUCUCUUAUUCAUGCUAGGGCAUGAUUUAACAGAGGACAAUAGUGGCCACAUCCUUGGGGUCAUCUCUUGCCCUGCAAAGAUCAUGAGGCUCUGGGAUGACAUGGGGAGUGCAAAGGAUGAGUUGCAAGAAGGGCUCGAUGGAUCAUACAAGGAUUUGUACCAGAGAGAAAACCCUCAUGUUGAUGCGGAGGAGCACAUGAUGGAUAUGAUCGCGGGUGAAUGGGAGAGUCUAAACAGGGAAUACUUCUCUCGAACAAAGUCCACUCUACCACCUAGCUUCAUCGUGGCGUCUCUCAACUUUGCCAGGAUGGUCAGUGUCAUGUAUGGCUAUGACAAUGAGCAGAGGCUCCCAGUCCUGGAGGAUUACACUAGGAUGUUGCUCUUUUGA